AUGACACUGGAAAUGAUCGGGAAACAGCAGACAGGCUGUGUGAAGGAUGUGGAGAAGAGGAGUCGAAGAAGAAGAAGAAGAAGACGCCCCGAGUGCUCGUCUUCACGCCUCGUGUCUGCGCUCCACAGGCGACUAGAGAAAGGCGUGGACCACCUGACCAACGCCAUCGCCGUGUGCGGUCAGCCGCAGCAGCUGCUGCAGGUGCUGCAGCAGACUCUGCCUCCGCCCGUCUUCCAGAUGCUGCUCACCAAGCUGCCCAGCAUCAGCCAGCGGAUCGUGAGCGCCCAGAGUCUGAGCGAGGACGACAUGAGGACCAGGAGGAGACCGCCCCCGAGCCCUCCUCCUCCUCCUCUUCCUCACGUGGACCCUCCGUGACGACCUCGCCAACGCCUCGGCCUCCAUCACGCCGGCCGACGUCCAUCACUUCCGGAAGUGGAAUUUAGUUUUUUUAAUUCCUGGUUUAUCCAUGACAGUCGUGUGUUUGUCUUUUAACUUAAAUGACCCGUUUUGGGGUAUGAAGAGUAUCUGGAUCAUAACAGCCCCCCCCCUCUCCCGUCCCGACAGCAUCGUGUUCCAGGGUUACUCCGUCCUCGCGGUUCCUUUAUCAGUCGUGGAACGUUCCAGAAACGGGAAUCUUCUCUCCGCUCCACAAAGUAUUUAUUGUUUCAAUUAGUUUGUUAUCGGUCUUCUGUUCGUUCUCGACUCGCAAACACUUUGUAAAAAAAGUGCUGAAAUGUUUUGUUUAGUCAUUUUGAGAGGACGACGCUCUGUAGGAAAAUAAAACAAUGUGGACAGAC